AUGCCCCGUCGAGGCGAGUGCCGGCCGCGCCCAGCAGCGCAUCCGCUGCUGCUGCUGCUGCUGCUGCUUUUCCUGGCGGCGGCAGCGGCCUCAUUUCUUGGCGCCGACGCCGCCUCGACCACCGUUGGCAGCGGCGAGAAGUUGUGCCUGCAGGAGGUGGUGCCGCCGCAGAGCCGGGUGACGUUUCAGUUCCAGGUGGUCAGCGGCGGCAACCGCGACAUCCGCGCCUCCGUCGCGGACCAGGACGGGAAAGUCCUCCGCGAGUGGGCGGAGACGACGGAGGGGAUAUACGAGGUGCUCGCCCAGGGCGGCACGAAGGCCAUCGUCGCCUGCCUCGACAACAGCUACGCACACUACACCCCGAAGCUGGUCGUCUUUCACUUCCGCUACCACGUCGACUACACCUCCGUGGCGAAGAAGGAGGAGCUGGACCCGGUGGAGCGGAAGGUGGAGCACAUAUCCGCCACAAUGCGGGAGGUGGAGGCGCUGCAGAUGCAGCUGCGCUCCCAGCAGAAGGAACACAGGGCGACGGUGGAGGAUUCGAACGAGCGCCUGCUCGUCUGGAGCGUGUUUCAGGUCCUUGCGCUGGUCGUCAUGAGCGUCUUCCAGCUGUAUUUCUUGAAGCGAUUCCUAGAGCGCAAGUCGUUUCUGUGA